UUUUCAUGGUACGAAUACCAUUAGUGAACAAUUUUAAUAGUAUAUACCAUUAACCUUAAAGUUAAACCAUUAAAACUUCAGAUAUAUAAUAGUAUAUACCACUAACUUCAAUGGUAUCCGAUUAAAAUGUGUAAUAUAUUUUUUUUUUACUGUUGAAAUUCUCCACAUUCGUUUCAUUAUUAUCCGUGCGUGCAGACCUUUUUAAUUCUUUAAAUUGAUCAGAGCAUAGUAGUGAGCUAAAUAAAAAAUCAUUGAAAUUGGGGGUUCACAAGUUGUCUCAAUUUUUUUUUUCAUCUUAAGAUCUCAAAUUUUAAGGAUUUUUUAUAAAAAUUUUUUUAACGAUCAUUAUUUACGGAUAAAAAGCCACUUGAAAAACAUGAAACAAUUCUUCAUUUGUCCGCUAGUAUAAAAGAAAGUGUUCGAUUGAAAACCCUUUUCUAUUAUUAUUUAUAAAAAGCUAUGGAUCCCUGCGCACUUGGCAAUUUAUUGCUUUUUGAAAACGAAUGCGAAUUAGAAAAUGAACAAACCAUACAUGUGGAGGGCAGCAUUAUUCUCGAUGCAUCAUCUCUUGGAAUGCAAAACAACGCAAGCGAGCAAAAUGAACUUAAGGAAUUAAAUUGCGAAAAAUUUGGAUUCGACGAAAAUGUGUUUAAGCGUGUGGCAGACAAUGGUUUCGACUUGGAGAGCCUUUUGGUUGCAACCGAGUCGGAAAUAAACGAGUUAUUUCCCGCUCCUCUCUUAGGCACAAGGGCAAAAUUUAUGUUUCAUUUGAAUUUCUGGAGAAAGAAUCCACCGAAAAAUAUUUCUGAGGCAUGCAAGAACUGGAUUGAGUCAAAUUACUUAGAACCGAAUUCCAGUUCAGUACAUAGUAAUAUAAGUUCACCCUCAUCUUCACAUCGGUCCUUUGAAAAUGAUUCGAUCUUUUUCGACAACAACACAUUGAAAGAAUUGUUAAGCCAGACAGAGAGGGGUCAAAGCAUACUUAACUCUUAUGAUGAAGAAAAGCAUCACUCGGACAUACACUUGUUUAAAUCGACUAUAAUAUCCUGAAACCAAACAAUCAAUCGCAACUUUUCAAACUCUGGCCUUCAUUCAUAAAACAAAUCGUUCCCGUUAUAAAAAAAACAAGUGAAGGAGAAAGGUUCAUGUUCUCUAUUAAACGAUCUCGAGAGUAUUAGCGCA